GCCCAUCUCAUAAAUUUACCGCUUAACGGUCUUUUUUUUAUAUCUCGGCUAUACGACAAUGCGAAUCUGUCCUAUCUACCGCCCGGAUACCAUGACGGUCUUCUGAUAUGUCAGGCUGCCGAAAUAGGCUGACGGCUUGCCAUGUCUAACUUGCAGAAAUACCUGAGGCGCGGCUGAAUUUCUCCUUCAUCAUCCCCUCGCCAAAACCUUUCAACCUGUCUGUCUUUCGCUCACCAUCAUGACCAGCUAUGGAAUGCCAUACCUCUUGGAGGACAAGACGGGCAGGCUGACAGGAUCACACUUCGUGGACAUCAAUGAUCGUUUACGCUUGACGCUUCGAUGCACUGCUCGGGAAUCUACACACACGACUUACAAAAUUUACAACGCAGCAACAGGGACAGAUCCAGUCGUGAUCCUAAAUUUUGGCUCUAACAACUCCCUCGGAACAAUAACUUUUGGGUCAGGGCCACAGGUAUCCAUGAACAGCUUCCUAGAACAUUCUGCCAAUGAGAGCGCAAGGUCAAGGAAGUUCAUUGGCUCAGAUGGCCAACAGUACAGAUGGGGUUGGCGAACCACGCAGAGCGAGGAGUGGACGUGCACAAACACAAGCAACCAGCAAGUCGCGUCUUAUUCGUUGAAAGUACCCGGAGAACCAGAAUACGACCACUCCUCUGGGUGCGUGCUUACCAUUGAGGAGGCGUAUCCGCACCUCGCAGCCGAGAUGCUAGCGUCCCUUACAAUAAUGAGGCAUAUAGUUGCCCAUAACCUUUGAUAUUUUUUUGACGACCAACGCCUGGAAUUUUGAAGCUGUACUACUACAUUCGUACUUUAUUCUUGUAUAUUGUAGCAUAUCAUUUUGAGUUGUGCAUACCGUAGUCGUCGUACCAUGUUCUUGAGGGGGGAAUGCAAUGUGUGAGACAAGUCGACUUGGGGCUGUCUGCAUAUGUGAUGCCUGACGCAUUUGAAACUCCGCCCAUGCCGGUACCGUGUACCCCUAUAGCACGCUUUAGAAGCGUUGUAUCGCAAGCAGCCUUUCGUUGGCAGAAUUCUAUGAGUAGUAGUACGGCAGGCUGCGAAGGAUCGAUUUAGUCAUCAAUUCUACAGUUUAGAAGUCAUACUCAUGAGUGUGCCCAGACCUCUUGCGUCCUCCUUCAUAAGUGAUAAUAUUAACGCACCGAUAAGAUCUA